GUCGGCUUCCACGAAGGCUUGCAGGCUGAGGCCUCGCUGCGAGAUGAAGCCUCUUGAGCGGGCGCUUGAGCGACUGCGCCGGGCCCUGCAGAGGGCUCCAAGGGAGCUGCGGCAGCGCGGCUUGCUGCUGCUGAAACCAAAGGUGCAGGCAUGCCUGCUUGGAUUCAUGGAAGGACCCAAGCCGACUGAGCGGUUGCCGUGUGCAGAGCUUACGGCCGGCGCUUGCCCGCGGACCCGGAGCUUUGCCUCGCUCACUUGUAUGGGCCGCUUAUACCGAGCGCAGGUCUUCCUGCUGAGCAUGCGGAUCCUGACGGUGGCAGUGCCGUCCAGGGCACAGGCGAUGAAGUUUCAGCAGGUCCUGCGCUUGGCACGGGAGGCGCUCAGUGAUGCGACGGGCGUGGACGCGGAGCUCGUGACACAGGCCUUGAGACAUGCCUGCCAGAGCGAGGGCUUGGCGCUGAAGGAUUUGGGCCUUGCCUUCCGGGCAGAGGUCAGAGGCCGGCCCUACGUGAAGAGGGACAUUUGGGGCCGCUACAGCCUCGACUUGGAUCGGGCUUUGCGGGAGCGGCAGCAGCUGCUGGAUGCCAAGGCAUCUGGCUGGCCUGCCCUCCGGGAUGCCUGGAUCUUUGUGCUGCGGGGCGACCAAGUCUCCGAGUCUUCUCUGCUUAGAGCCAACAUUUUCCUGAGGCAGGAGCCGGUGCUGGUGCGCCGCGGAGCUCCCAAGGGCUGGGCGAGACAUCGGGGCCACAGCGCCGUGGAGGCGCGGAAUGUUCCGAGAGCAGAAAGGUUGAAGGGCGCCCCCAAAAAGCAGGCGGAGGCCAUCGUGGACGCCCGGCAGCCCGGGUCGCUUCCGAAAGCGCUGCGCCAACUGUCCGGACAUGAGGCAGCCUGGGCCACGCACGGGAAGCCGGAGGCCCUGCCCGAAGAACCCUCCCUUGGCCAUCGCAAGGCGGCCAGGCCUCGUCCAGUUGGGGAUGGCCGCGCCCCCAAGAUGAGAAGGCGCGAGGUCAGGAUCAACAUUAGACGCCAAUCCAACUCCCCCCUCGUCUGCGAGUCAGCGGGGCCCUUCCGAGUCCAUGCCCCGCGCAUUGCGCGGGCGGCUCGGCUGGUGGAGCGCCGGCUCGAAGAGCAGGAGCGCUGGGCGGACCGGGGAGCGCUACGCCUGGCGUGCUGCCUGGGGCCCGUGCAGUAA